AUGAAAAAACGAAAGACCAUAUUUGAUUAUUUCAAAAAUAAUACACCAAGUACAAGUGCACAAUCAGAUACACAUGCAUUGUUGGAGGAAUGUGAGGUAGACAAUCCUUUACCUUAUUCUAGCGUUUCAUCUAUUACAACGGAUUCAACUGAAAAUUCUAACUCUGAUGAAACUGAACCGUUCGAAUCUAACUUCCAGUCAUUAUUACCAUGUAAUAUGAAAACAGCUUCUACUGAUACAAUUAAUGAGGAUUUUACCGGACUGCAUCCUGGUGAUCCUAAACGCUCUUUACCUACAAAUCGUCUAGAAUUGAAAGAUCGGAUUUUGAGAGGUCCUUUUCAACCUGUGUUGACAAUGUUCCCAAGGAGCAUAAUUAGUGGUGUUCAACGUAGUUUCCAUAAAAAUUGGUAUGAACAAUUUACAUGGCUUGAGUAUAGUCCAAAAAAUAAUUGUGCAUUUUGUUUUCCUUGUCGAGUAUUUAAAAAUUCUUCCGGAAUCAAUGUUGGGCAAUCAGAUACUACAUUUUCACAAAAUGGUUUUAGUAAUUGGAAAAUGGCUAGUCAAAAGUUUAAGUUACACCAAACUUCUAGAUCACAUUUAAACAGUGUUACAUUAAUGACAGAUUUUUUAAAUUCCAAGUCAAUAGAUUUGCUUUUAAUUGAGGAAAACAAAAAGUUGCUUAAUGAAAGGGAAAAAAAAAAAAUUAACAACCGAUGUAUAAUGCAUAGACUCAUAGAUAUAACAUUAUGUCUUGGUAUUGGGGGAAAACCAUUUCGUGGGCACAAUGAAAAAGAAGGUGAUGCCCAUAGAGGGCUUUUUUUGGAUUUAGUCUGA